AUGGUCUACUGCGGAAAGCCCUCUAGGGGCUGUCAGAUGUGCAGGACUCGAAGAAUAAAGUGUGAUGAGACAAAGCCUACAUGCAACCAAUGCGCCAAGUCCCGUCGUCAAUGUCCUGGCUACAAGGACGAGUUCGACCUCGUUUUCAGGAAUGAGACCAAGGCGACAGAGAGGAGAGCUCAGAAGGCAAACCGCAAAGCACUCGCCCAGAAGGGGAAAGACAUUGACUCCCCUACUUCUGGUUCUGACAAGAGCAUUUCGCCCACAUUUAAGAAGGAGAUCGACUCGCCUGCGGUGGUCAUUCCUGGUCUAAACGUUCCUGUGGAACAGAUGGCCAGCUGCCACUUUGUCGCCAACUACGUCCUACUACCCCGACAGGGCAGUACUCGUGGGUUUAUGGAAUACUUAUUACCGCUGCUGAAAGUCGAGCAAGGAAACCAUCAUCUACAACAUGCCUUCAACGCGUGUGCACUCGCAUCACUGGGAAACCGACCGAACGCCGCGGGAACGGGCUUGAGUGACAAGGCCUUGGGACACUACACCAAGGCACUAGCCGAGACGCAUAUUGCGCUCAAAGAUCCUGAUCAGUCAAAGUCGGACGCUACUCUCGCUUCUGUCCUCAUGCUCGGCCUCUUUGAGAACAUGACUGCUCGUCAAAUGGGCAUGUUCGCUUGGGGUUCGCACAUUGAAGGCGCCAUCCAGUUAGUCAAGGCACGUGGUCGCAAGCAGCUCCGGACCAAAACCGGGUUGCUUCUGUUCAUCGCCGUUCGGACCCAAAUGAUCAUCCACACUCUCAGCACGGGCACGGCACCUAUCAUGGGUGUUGAGUGGUGGCUUAGUGACGCUGUCAAGGAUGAGUGUGCCGCUCAUUGCCAGAGACUCAACAUCAAGACGGCAGAGCUGCGCGCCGAAGUAACGCGGCUGAUGUCGACAGUGGCCCGAAGCCCGGAGAACAUCGACAUCAUGCUAGACAUGAUCCGCCGGGCCCAAACUGUCGACCAAGAGUUAAUGACGUGGAUGAGGAAUACGCCAGACUACUUCCAAUACACGACGGUGGCAUGGGAGGACAACGUUCCUAACGGAGACUACGCCAAGGCCGAAGUGUUCCCCGGCCGUGUGGACGUGUACCAGGACUUCUGGAUUGCCAGUGUAUGGAACAUGGCAAGAGUGUCUCGUCUCAUUCUCGCUUCGGUCAUCGUUCGCUGCGCCGCUUGGGUCUGCUCGCCAGUAGACUACCGCACGACGCCCGAAUACGCAACGGCUGCACGCACUUGCGUCGACACCAUUAGCGACAUUAUCGCAUCAGUGCCGUACCACCUGGGCUGGCACCUCAAGAGACCGGAACUUCUCGAGAGAGCAAACAUCUCGGGCUUCGCCUGUGGACUGGAAGAAUCGCAAAAGGGCCUGCCCGGAUACUUCCUGACCUGGCCCCUGGCAUGUUUGCAUGGCCAGGAUUACACCACAGAUGCUCAACGAGCCUGGGUGGUAGGACGCUUGAAGUUCAUCGGUGAUGAGCUGGGCGUCAAGUACGCUCACAUCCUGUCACAGAUGCAAGUCCGUAUUCCCUCAAUGCUCAUUAGAAGGGACGGACUGAUGGCCCAGCCGUACCCUCAAGCUCACAACUUUGAGAAGCUUCUAUCUGCGAGGUUUGCGCCGCCCUCUGCAGGCUAUUCGAUGAACCCUCUGCAACAGCGCGAGGCUAUGCAAAAGGAGUUUGUGGAGAAGCACAAGGCUGAGCUGCUCGCCAAAGCCACUGGAACUGCUGGCCAGGCGGGACAAUGGGUAGCACAGAAUUGGCUGACGGUGCGGCCUGGGCCUCAGUGA